GGUGCUACUGCCCAGCACAGGGAAGGGGUGAGAAAAGACAAACAACAAGACAAAACCAGGAAAUACCGCUCAAAACCAAAAGGAAUAUUUAUAACAUCCCCCCCCCCAAAUCACAACAGAGAACAGAUCUGGAGCAGAGAAUUAUGGGAAUAUUAUUUCUGAUUUUCCUCGGUUUACUAGCUGGGACAGAAGCAGGACACUGGUGUGAACGCACGGUGGAAGAGAAAGUGGAGCGAGUUCUGUCUCCACGUCUGCAGCUGGAGGUGAGCUGCUCCGCCGUGUAUCAGUACAACACCCAGGGGUGGAGGCUGGACGUGGACAGAAUGCGCAAGAAGCACGGCGGGGAUGACGGCAUCGCGCUGUAUUACAAGCAACAAGGGGAGAAGGCUUCCUGUUUACUGUAUAAACCCCCGGACAUGGAGAGCCAAAGAGUGAACAGGACAGUGAGGACCUGCUGUGACGGUUGGGGUGGACUUCGCUGCUCUCAAGGUGUCGGGGUGCGUGGUCAGUGCUACUCCACGUGGAGCUGUGCAGAAUUCCCUGGAGUUCAUAACUUCUCUCUGAUGCCCAUGGAGCAGUGUUGCAGCACCCUGUGGGGACUGAGCUGGAAGAACGCCUCUGAUCAGACCUGUUUGACUUGCACCUACACUCUCCUACCAGACUCCCAGUCCUCUCCUUUGGUGCGAAGUGGUUUACUGAGUACCUCCAGGGUCCCUCAGGGCUCAGCCACCUGCAUGUCCUGGGGUGGAGCCCACUAUCGCACGUUUGACAGGAAGCACUUCCACUUCCAGGGCAGCUGCACGUACCUCCUGGCCUCGUCUACUGAUGGCACCUGGGCUGUUUACAUCAGUACAGUCUACAACCAGAGAGGAAACUGUAGCAAGGCACUGAGGAUGAUGAUGGGCCUCGAUUUGGUUUCAAUUUAUCAUCAAAACUUAACAAUGAACAAUUUGCCUGUUCCAAAUGGAGAGCCACUGUUUCAAAAUGGAGUAAGUGUCUACUGGCUUGGGGACUUUGUGUUUGUGGAGAGCGGCCUGGGAGUGAGGGUAAAAUUUGACCUCGUCAACACGGUGUAUGUGACAGUCACUGCUGAGCACCUCGGAGCAACCAGGGGUCUGUGUGGGGUCUAUAACAACAACGUCAAAGAUGAUUUCACCAUGAUGACAGGAACUGUGUCUCCAUAUGCUGCCAGUUUCGGCAACUCGUGGAAAGUUCCGGACCAGCACAGUGAGGGUUGCAGUGAUGCGGCUGAGCUUGGCCACAGCUGUGAUGUCGCGGGAGACCCCACGCUACGCAGGAAAGCAGAAUCAGUGUGUGGUCAGCUGCUGGGAGAUCCCUUCCAACGCUGCCAUGUUCGGGUGAAGCCAGAAGCUUACAUAGACACCUGUCUUUACCUGUACUGUAGCCUGCUGCCCAAAGAGAGGGAGGGUGCGGUGUGUGAUACUCUGGCUAGCUAUGCCCGAGAGUGUGCCCAACAGCACAUCAUCCUGACAUGGAGAACAGCCUCACUGUGUGGCCGUGUUUGCCCCAGAGGCCAGAUCUUUUCAGACUGCGUGUCCUCGUGUCCCCCCAGCUGCUCCUCUCCGCAGCCCCCAGCGCCCGCUGCAGCCAUUGGCCUGUGCAGAGAGGAGUGUGUCGGGGGCUGUGAGUGUCCUCCGGGGCUGUACCUUCACCAGGGCCUCUGCUUAAAGAAGGAUGACUGUCCCUGUUUCCACCGCAGACGCACCUUCCAGCCUGGGGACACCAUACAGCAGAGAUGCAACACCUGUGUGUGCAGGGCAGGUGAGUGGCAGUGCACUGGUGAGAAGUGUGCAGGUCAGUGCUCUCUGAUAGGAGCCCUGCAGGUCACCACUUUUGACAAAAAGCAGUAUUUACUGCACGGAGGAGAAUGCGCCUUUAUCGCGGUGGAGGACUUUGUUGACCGGAAGCUGGUGGUGGGUGUGCGAUGUGGGGAGUGCACAGCGGCGGCAGGAGGGGGAGGUGGAGGAGAAAUGGGCUGUCUGACAGAGAUGUCAGUCACAGCCCUGCACACUACAGUCACCAUCACAAACACCGGCACAGUGACACUGAAUGGCCAGAGGCAGACAGUUCCGGUGGUGACAGGUGACCUGGUGCUACAUCAGGCCUCCUCUUCAUUUGUUCUCAUCCAAGCGUUUGGAGCCCAGAUUCUUUGGUAUUUGGAUGGAUCCUUUGCCCUCAUCAACCUUCAGCCUGGUUUUGCUCACAAGGUGCGUGGUUUAUGUGGAACACUGACGUGGAACCAGCACGAUGACUUUACGACCCCAGACGGCGACGUGGAGAACAGCGUGUCGUCCUUUGCAGAGAAAUUUACAAGCGAGCGCUGCGUUCUGCCAGUAGGGUCCCCACCGGACCCCUGUUCUACAUACACUCAGAGGAGACGCUAUGCAGAAACGGUCUGUGCCAUCAUACACAGUCCCAUCUUUCAGGUGUGCCAUGACGUGGUGGAGAGGGAGCACUAUUUCCGCCUCUGUCUGUCAGAAGUGUGUGGAUGUGUCCUGCAGAGACUGUGCCACUGUACAGUUCUCACUGCCUAUGCCCAACACUGCGCUCAGGAGGGCGUUUUGGUCUACUGGCGCAACCAAACACUUUGCCCGGUCCAGUGCUCGGGGGGUCAGGUGUACCAGGAGUGUGGUCACGUGUGCGGUGGGUCCUGCUCCGACCUGCCACACAGACAGAGCUGUGAUGACAGUGCUGGUGGAACUGGUGGUCACAGAAUGUGUGUUCCUGGCUGCCGGUGCUCAGCAGGACUUGUGCAGGACCAACAAGGCCAGUGUGUGCCAAAGACUUUGUGCCCUUGUGUGCAAGGAGACCAGACGUAUCCAGCUGGAGCUGUAAUUCAGAACAACUGCAACACCUGCGUGUGUGAGCAGGGAUUGUUUAAUUGUACCCAGGAGACCUGUGAGAAAGUGCAACAAUGUCCUCACUCUCUGGUGUACUCUCCACGCACCUGCCUUCUCACCUGUUCCAGUCUGGACCCUCCUGGUCAACAGCAGCUGUCUGCUUUCACACAGUCAAGCUGCACAGAGCCACUGUCAGGUUGUGUCUGUCCUCCUGGGACUGUCUUACUAGGGGAUCACUGUGUUCUGCCAGAUGAGUGUCCAUGUCACCAUAAUGGCAGGCUUUAUUCCAGCAAUGAAACCAUCACAAAAGACUGCAACACAUGUGUAUGCAGGAAGCGUCACUGGCACUGUACCCAGUCUAUCUGUGCUGGAGUAUGUGUUGCAACUGGUGAUCCACACUAUGUGACGUAUGAUGGCCGCUAUUAUUCUUUUCUUGGCGAUUGUCAAUACGUGCUGUCAAGGGAGACCAGUGGUUUGUUCAGCGUUACGGCGGAGAAUGUGCCAUGUGGGAGCACUGGAGUCACCUGCACCAAGUCAGUCACGCUCAGCCUGGGACACACCGUCAUACACCUGCUAAGAGGUAAAGCAGUGACAGUAAAUGGAAUGCCUGUCACACUACCAAAGACCUACAGUGGCAGCGGUCUGUCUGUGGAGAGGGUCGGCCUUUUUGUUGUCCUCUCUUCUCGACUGGGAAUCACCUUGCUUUGGGACGGAGGCAUGCGCGUGUAUUUGCGUUUGGAGGUCCACCUGCGAGGUCAAGUCGGAGGGCUGUGCGGGAACUUUGACGGGGACACAGAAAAUGACUUUACAACACGCCAGGGAAUUAUAGAGUCUACACCCGAGCUGUUUGGAAAUUCUUGGAAGGUCAGCCCAUCCUGCCCUGAUGUAGAGAAGCAGGACCUUCGUGAUCCAUGUGCCUUAAACCCCCACAGAGUGACAUGGGCCAGGAAAAAGUGUGCUGUGCUAACUCAGGAGCUCUUUUCAUUGUGCCACACUGAGGUUCCCUUCCAGCAGUAUUAUGACUGGUGUGUCUUUGAUGCUUGUGGCUGUGACUCUGGCGGGGACUGCGAGUGUCUCUGCACAGCCAUAGCUUCCUACACUGAGGAGUGUAACCGGCAUGGAGUUUACAUCCACUGGAGGUCCCAGGAGCUUUGUCCUCUCCAGUGUGACAAAGGACUAGUUUACAAUCCAUGUGGACCUGCGUGCAGCCUGUUCUGUCCGAGUGUUCAGCAAAGUUCAUACUCUCGGUGUGGUGUGCUUUCCUGUGUGGAGGGCUGCUUCUGCCCUGCUGGUACUGUCAGACAUGGUGACAGCUGUAUAAUGCCUACCCAGUGUCCAUGCGAGUGGGAUGGUUCCAUGUUCCCCCCUGGAACAUCUAUCACUAAACACUGCCAGAACUGUUCUUGUGAUGAGGGUCUGUGGCAGUGUGAGGGUGUGGCUUGCCCUCCUCCCCCACCUCCAUGUUUGGAGACUGAGGUGGUGUGUACCAGUGGGCGGUGUAUCCCCUCUCAGUGGGUUUGUGACAACGAGGAUGACUGUGGUGACGGUUCAGAUGAGAUCUGCCCAUCCACCUGCUCCCCAGACCAGUUCCGCUGUAACAGCAGGCCCAGUGGACCAUGUUUUAACCUGGCUCUGCGUUGUGAUGGCCACCCAGACUGUGAUGACCAAUCUGAUGAGGAGUUCUGUGGACCCCCCACCCCAGUGCCCCUAUGCUCUCCUGGAGAGUUUCAGUGUGCCAGUGGAAAAUGCCUGCCAGGCACUCGAGUGUGUGAUGGACAGCUCGACUGUGGCUUUGCUGAUGGGUCUGAUGAACAAGACUGUGGUGUGGUGUGUGAUGAAGGGGAGUUCCUGUGUCCAGGAGGACGAUGUAUUCUCUUCAUCCAUCGCUGUGAUGGCCAUGAUGAUUGUGGAGAUUUAAGUGAUGAAAGAGGGUGUGUGUGUGCACCAGGAGAGUUUCAGUGUCCAGGAGAUCAGUGUGUCUCUGCAGACAGAUUAUGUGACGGACACAAAGACUGUCCAUCUGGAACAGAUGAAGCUAUUUGCCCAAGUAAAGUGACCUGUGCUCCCAACCAGUUUGCCUGUGUUGAUGGUUCAUGCAUUUCCAAAUCUAAUCUGUGUGACGGAACAGCUGACUGUCCAAACAGAGAGGAUGAGAACAGAACCAGCUGUUACACUGGGAUCACAACAUCAUCUGUCAGCCCAACUUCAGCCUGUAGGUCCUAUGAGUUUAUCUGUGCCAGUGGUGGUCAGUGUGUUCCUCAGGCAUGGCACUGUGAUGGGGAAACAGACUGUUUGGAUGGCAGUGAUGAGCUGCAGUGUGCUGCUCCAUGUGGUCCUGGCCAGGUGCUUUGCCUCAGUGGGGACCACUGUGUAGAUUACCAGCAGCUCUGUGACGGGACCCCACACUGCAGGGACGCUUCAGAUGAGAGUGUUAACAACUGUGGCUCUACUCAGAUUCCUUCCUGUCCUGGGAGCUUCCCAUGCGACAACCGCACUUGUGUGAACACAUUAAAAGUCUGCAACGGCAACCCAGACUGUCCACGUGGUGAAGAUGAGUUGUUGUGUGAUAAAACCAUUGCUCCAGUUCUCCCUGGGAGUAGGAACACCACCUGUUCUGAGUUUACCUGCAUGGAUGGAACCUGUGUACUGUUUAACAUGGUUUGUAAUGGCAUGGAAGACUGUCCAGACUCCUCACUAACACCCUUUAGAGGUCCAACGGAUGAGCGGGAUUGUAGAACAUGGAGCCCUUGGGGUCCCUGGAGCCCCUGCAGUACCACCUGUGGGACAGGUUCCAUGAUCCGGGAGAGAUCCUGCCCUCCGGGGGAUCCACUGCACCACUGUUGGGGCCAAGACACACAGAGGCAGCAGUGCUUUAACACCACUUGUCCUGUGGAUGGUCAGUGGCUGCCAUGGGGAAAGUGGUCAAACUGCUCUGGGGGCUGUGGAGGAGUGCAGGUGAGACUUAGAGAAUGUGCUCCUCCUCGGUUUGGAGGCCGACACUGUACCCAACUCAGCGGACCGUCUAACCUCUCCAUGGAAAUCAAACCAUGUCCUGAUGAUGGGUGUGCAAAUACCAGCUGUCCCCCUGGCCUGGAGAGACACGCUUGUGCUUCUUGCCCCAUGUCUUGUGCUCACAUAAGCAGUGGGACAAGCUGUGACCCCACAGCACCCUGCUUCUCUGGUUGCUGGUGUCCUAAAGGUUGGGUGAUGAGCUCCACGCAGCAAUGUGUGCUACCAGAAGAGUGUCUGUGUGAGGUGGCAGGUGUAGAGUACUGGCCAGGCCAGCAAAUAAAACUGGAUUGUAAGAUUUGUGUUUGCGAGAGAGGAAAACCUCAGAGAUGUCAGCCCAACCCGGACUGCUCAGUGCACUGUGGCUGGUCAUCAUGGUCAGCAUGGGGAGAGUGUUUGGGACCUUGUGGUGUUCAGAGUGUACAGUGGUCAUUUCGCAGCCCAAAUAAUCCCACCAACAAUGGAGACGGGAGAGCCUGUAGAGGAAUUUACAGAAAAGCACGCCGGUGUCAAACAGCUCCAUGUGAUGAGUGUGAGUAUCAAGGUCAGUUCCAUGUGGUUGGAGAAAGAUGGAGGGCAGAGCCGUGCCUGUUAUGCCACUGUUUUUCCAACCUUUCUGUGCGGUGUGACCUGUACUGUUCGUACACCAACACUGGAUGCCCACAGGAGAAAAUGACACCGUGGCUGUGACAGUGAGUCCUGGCAAUGUGACUUCCAAGCUGACAGUAAGCCCUACAGCCUCAGUCCCUACCUACCCCCUUGUUCCUGGAGAUGAAUGUUGGGCUCCUCUGGGUGUCCAGAUUCUCCCUGCUUCUUGUUUCAAGGCUUCAUCUCACCAAAAAGAUCAUCCACCCGAAGCAGCUCGUCUUCAUGCGUGGGAUCCUCACAGAGACCUGCAGGGCUGGAGUCCAGAACCAGAGGAGUAUAAAGACCUACCACAGCGAAGACCAGAGGGACACAUCGGCAACACACAAAGCCCCUAUAUACAGAUAGACCUGCUCAAAGCAUACAACAUUACUGGUGUGUUGACGCAGGGCGGCGGUGUGUUUAGCACAUUUGUGACCAGCUUCUACCUCCAGUUCAGUCAGGAUGGGGGUCAGUGGUACACCUACAAAGAGUUUGUUCCUGGUGCUCGACCCAGAGCCAAGGUUUUCCUUGGUAACCAUGAUGAUGAAGGUGUGACAGAGAGCAGACUGGACAGGAUAGUGUCAGCUCAGUUUGUUCGCCUGUUGCCCCACGACUUCCAGAAUGGCAUCUACCUUCGACUUGAGAUCAUGGGCUGUGGUGAUGGAGCGGGGUGCAAAGAGAACGAGUUCCACUGUGGAAAUGGUCGCUGUGUGCCGGCAGGUCCACUGGGGGUCGUCUGUGAUGGGAGUGAUGACUGUGGAGAUGGAUCAGAUGAGAUGUCCUGUGGUACCCAGCCUUAUGUUACAACCAGUAGUUUACGCAGAUGCCCAGCUGGACAGUUCUCCUGCCUUCCACCAGGGGACUGCAUUGACAUAAGCAAGCAUUGUGACGGUAUCCAGGACUGUCCCAGAGGAGAGGAUGAAAAUGGAUGUCACCUCCAUGACAUCACCACACACUCAGACAGGUCAUACACACCCACCCCAGCUCCUCUGAGGACCCCAUCUAUGGCCGCUGUUACUCACUCUGUAGUGACACCAACACAUGGUGGCCCUGGCUACUAUGGCAUUUGUGCCUCUCCUCUCGGACUGGAGGAUGGGAGAAUUCGUUACGGUCAACUGUCUUCAUCCUCACAACGAGAGAACAACCCUGCAGAUGCCGGAAGACUAAAUAUUUUUCCGAAUAUACGGGAUAUGGAACCUGGUUGGAGCCCAUUGCCUGCAGAUCACCAUCCAUAUUUUCAGGUGGAUUUCCAGGAGCCCAAAUGGAUAUCGGGUGUGGUGACACAAGGGAGUGACCGCAUGUGGGGUUAUCUGACUAAAUAUCACCUGGCAUUUGCCCUCCAAGAUGGCAUCUUUACAGAUUUUACAGAAAAGGGAAAGCCUGGUGGCCUUGUUAAGGUGUUUGAAGUUCGGAUGAUGGGCAGGACCCCCGUGACCCGCUGGCUGGGUCGGCUUGUUAGAGCUCGCUACAUACGUAUCAUCCCUGUGGAGUUCAGGCACACCUUUAACCUGCGUGUGGAGGUUCUUGGCUGCAGAGGAGAUGAGCUAGUAACCCAGAGCAGCGUGACAUCUCCCACCGGAGUUGCGCAGCGCUGUAAGCCAGGCCAGUUUUCAUGCCAAAACACAAAGGAGUGCAUCCCUGCGUCUUUACUUUGUGAUGGUCAACCAAACUGCAAAGACCAUUCUGAUGAGGCCAGCUGUGGUACGUUUCCAACCAGAGGCUUUCCAGGACUUCACAAUCAGACCAGCUACACUGGGAGACCUGGUUUCCAUGUUGAAAAUGGAACAGGUGGCCCCGGCAUACAUACUAUGAGUUUGCAAAGUGGGUUUCCUGGUGUGGCAACAACAGGUGUCACGGUACCAACUAGGUUUCAGAAGGUCACGGCCACAAGUGCUGGCACCACAACCAGUCCAACGAUAACUCUGCAGCCACCACCGAUACCCAGACCCUGCUCUGCAAAACAGUUUUUCUGUAAAAGUGGAGAGUGUGUUCACAAGGAUCGCAAGUGUGACCUGCACAGGGACUGCUUAGAUGGAUCGGAUGAAAAAGACUGUGUGGACUGCAUAAUGUCCCCGUGGACCGCCUGGAGCGCCUGCAGUGUGACAUGUGGUCUUGGCUCCCUGUUUCGGCAGAGGGAUAUAUUGAGGGAAGCUCUGCCUGGAGGUUCCUGUGGAGGAGCUCAGUUUGACAGUCGAGCCUGUUUUCCUCAAGCGUGUCCAGUUCACGGUCAGUGGUCAAAGUGGACGGAGUGGACAGAGUGCGAUGCUUUGUGCGGAGGUGGAGUAAGGCAGAGGAACCGGACUUGUUCCGCACCGCCUCCUAAAAAUGGUGGACGAGACUGUGAGGGCAUGACCCAGCAGAGACAGAGCUGCAACAGCCAGCCCUGCACCACUGACACUGGAACACAAACAGGUUGUGUUGGUGGCAUGGUGCUGGUGACAAAAGAAGACUGUCUGACUGGUAGAGUUGAUCCUUGUCCUUCUACCUGCUCAGACCUCAGCAUGACCAACAACUGCACUGCAACAUGUAUACAGGGUUGUCGCUGUCCUGUUGGGCUGUACCUUCAGGAGGGCCAGUGUGUUAACUCUAGCCAAUGUGUGUGUGACUGGGCUGGUGACACACUGCAGCCAGGACAAGUGAUCAGCAGAGAUCAGUGUACCACAUGCAUGUGUAAAGAAGGACAAGUCACCUGCGACAUGUUCAGCUGUGUAUCGACCUGUCACUGGUCUGCGUGGUCUUCGUGGUCAGCAUGUGAUGUAAGCUGUGGCGCGGGGCUACAACAACGUUACAGGUCUGCAGUAAUUCCAGCAGGACCAGUGAGAGUCCAGCCCUGUCCAGGAGACUCCUCUCAGUCCCGUCGCUGUUUCAACCCUUGCCUUCCCGUGCUGCCUGAUGGGUUGUGGAGUAAAUGGACUGGCUGGUCUGAGUGCAGCAAGACAUGUUUCAGCCAUGUUGACGACGUGGGGAUGAGACAACGAUUCCGCAGCUGUAAUAACACAGCUGUGAACAGAACGCACACACAGUCUCUGUGCAGUGGAGACGAUGAAGAGCAGGAGCCUUGCAACACUGUGCACUGUCCAGUGGACGGUAGCUGGUCACUCUGGUCCCGGUGGUCUCAGUGUUCAGCUCAGUGUGACUCAGGCGUCCAGACCAGAGAGAGGUUCUGCAGUUCACCAGCACCACGGCACGGGGGCGGCAGCUGCACUGGACCUCACAUACAGACAAGAGACUGCAACUCUCACCCCUGUUUAGACGUGUGUCCGGUGGGCAUGAUGUUCAUGACAGCAGCUGAGUGUGAGGCUCAGGGGGGUGCGUGCCCACGGGUGUGUUUGGACAUGACUACGGAGGUGCAGUGUGCCACAGCCUGCUAUGACGGCUGCUACUGUGGCCCGGGCUUCUACCUGUUCAACAGCAGCUGUGUGCCUUUGGCUCAGUGCCCAUGUUACCACGACGGGGAGAUGCACCCGGCCGGCACCACCCUGCCCAUUGACACCUGUAACAACUGUACCUGCACUAACGGAGAAAUGGAAUGUGGAACAGUUCCUUGCCCAGUGGACUGUGGUUGGAGCAGCUGGACACAGUGGAGUUCUUGCAGUCGAACAUGUGACGUCGGUGUUAGAAGGAGGUAUCGCUCAGGAACCAAUCCCUCGCUGGCUUUUGGCGGUCGUCCCUGCAAAGGAGAGAGAGUUGGGAUUGAUACCUGCAGCAUUGAACCCUGCCUAGGCGUUAAAGAACCAUGGGGCUCGUGGUCGGAGUGUUCGGUGACGUGUGGAGGAGGAUACAGGACCAGAACCCGUGGGCCCAUCAGAGUCCACGGCACAGCUCAGCAGUUCAGCGCCUGCAACCUGCAGCCCUGUGGUGAGGGCCGGGUGUGUCCUCCAGGUCAGCAGUGGAAGCAGUGCGUGAAGGGAGCAGUGUUUUGUUCAGAUCUCACGUUGAACGUUAGCAGGAACUGUAGCCCAGGCUGCCAGUGCCUUCAUGGGACGAUCCUGCAGGAUGGUGUGUGUGUUCCUCAGUAUGACUGUCGUUGUGAUGUUGAUGGAGAGCAGUACCAACCUGGAGACAUUGUCUUGCAGAGCUGCAACAAGUGCAUAUGUGAUGGAGGAAAGCUCGUAAAUUGCUCUCAAGUUGGGUGCAGUGUGGACGGCCGGUGGUCCGUGUGGACUCCCUGGAGUCAGUGCUCAGUGUCAUGUGGUACAGGUCUCAGGUCUCGCUACCGUUUCUGUUCCAAUCCCCAGCGGUCUGGAAGUGGUCUUCCAUGUUUCGGUCCUCACCGUGAUGACCAAGUCUGCAUCACCACACCAUGUGACCGUGACGGCGGUUGGAGUCCAUGGACUAAAUGGACAGGGUGUACCAAGUCAUGUGGAGGUGGGGUACAAAGCCGAAGGAGACACUGUGACAGCCCCAUUCCUGAGGGGGAGGGAAACUACUGUGAGGGUCUGGGAACUGAAGUCGUAGCUUGUAACACUGACCACUGUCCAGUGUCGCCCUGUUCCCAGGUCCCAGGGACAGUGUUCAGUAGUUGUGGGCCUUCCUGUCCUCGCUCCUGUGAUGACCUGUCACACUGCGAGUGGCGUUGUGAGCCAGGAUGUUACUGCACGCAGGGAAAAGUCCUGUCGGCCAAUGGGACUGUCUGUGUAGCAAGAGAAGACUGUCCUUGCUUGGACCUCAACUCUGGACACCGACUAGUGCCAGGACAGAUUACGGAGGCCCCUGAUGGAUGCAACAACUGCACAUGUGAGAGUGGCAGGUUUGACUGCACCAAAGAGCUUUGCCCAGUGUCAGGUGGGUGGUGCGAGUGGUCAGAGUGGACUCCCUGUACCAGAACUUGUGGCGCAGAGUCGGUGUCCCGUUACAGAAGCUGCAGCUGUCCUGAACCUAAAGCUGGUGGAGAAGCCUGCUCAGGAGAGCAGGAGAUGCACAGUGGGAUUGGAGUUCAGAUACAGAGACAGCCCUGUCCUGUCAUCACCUUUUGUCCAAUUCAUGGUUCAUGGAGUUCCUGGUCGGCGUGGUCGGAGUGUGACGGGUGCUCCGGGUCAUCCACCCGCUCCAGGGAGUGCAGCAGCCCUCCUGCCAGGUUCGGUGGCCUUCCCUGUCUGGGAGAGAGCCAGCAGAGCCGCGGAUGCCAUGACAACAUCACUGUCUGCUCAGACUGCAGUGGUGGGCAGGAAACAUGGGUGUGCGGGAAGCCCUGUGCACGCUCCUGCUCAGAUCUGUCUGGAGACACGGAGUGUUUGGAAAGCUCCAGGUGUAGCUGGACCUGUGGCUGUCCUGGUGACACUGUGCUGCAGGAUGGAGUGUGUGUGUCGAAGGAAGAGUGCCGCUGCAAAUACCAGAACAGCUCUACUAUUGAUCAACUGGAGUCUGGUAAUAUGUCUUGGGUUUGGCCUGGUGGUUAUGACUGGCAGUUUGCAAAUCCAGGAGACACCAUCGUCAGUGCCUGCAAAAACUGUUCGUGUGUGACCGGAGUUUUGCAGUGUCAGUCUCUGCCUGGUUGUCAUGUUGACGGUGGCUGGAGCCAGUGGGGAACUUGGAGCGAGUGUUCACUACCUUGUGUUGGAGGAGUCACGUUCAGGAGGCGCUUGUGCAACAACCCAGCUCCUCAAAAUGGCGGAAGAGGCUGCCUGGGCGUGGCCGAGCAGCAGAAAGAAUGCAACAAACAAAUGUGCACAGACUUGGUGGGUCCAUGGCUGCCCUGGUCUCACUGGUCUUCAUGUUCAGUUAGCUGUGGUGGAGGGCAGCAGACUCGCUCUCGUGUCUGCAGCUCGCCACCUUGCCAUAGCCUCAGUCGACAGAGCAAAACCUGCAACACACAAGUCUGCCUCGAUGUGGGCUGCCCUCCUGGCAGACUUUACAGGGAGUGUGAUCAUGGAGAAGGCUGCCCUUUCAGCUGCUCUCAGGUCAGUGGAAAAGAAGGCUGCUACUCUGACGGCUGCGAGGAAGGCUGCCACUGUCCCCCUCAGACCUACCAGCAUCGUGGACACUGCGUACCGGAAUGUCCAUGUCUGGUGGAUAAAGAGUUUUUAGCCUCUCUUCAGAGUGUGUCGGUCACACCAGUGUCAGCUCUGCUUUCCAACAACACCUCUGAAAACGCAGAGCUCAACUCCGGAGAUACAUUUGUACAUGACUGCAGCAGCUGUGGCUGUGUGCAUGGCAGGUGGAAUUGUUCCUUAGAGAACUGCCCAGUCGAUGGCGGAUUGUCUCCCUGGGGUCCCUGGAGCUCCUGCUCACUCUCAUGUGGAGGUUUAGGAGUGAAGACUCGAACCAGGGGCUGUGUCCAGCCAGCACCGGCGUUUGGGGGGAGAGACUGUCAGGGUCCACGCCAAGAAACGAGCUACUGCCAGGCUCCUGAGUGUCCAGUUGCACCAACAAAAGAGCCAACCAUUCCAGAUGAGGAUCAUGGCUUCUCUCUCUGGUCGCUGUGGAGUCCUUGCACUCAAACCUGCACUGAUGUUCAAACUCCUGUUGUGAAGUUUCGUCAGAGACAAUGUACAAAACCUCCCUGCUCUGGAAGCUCUCACCAAGAGAAGGCCUGCAACCUGCCUCAGUGUCCAGGUGAGGCGUGUGUGAAAGUCGACUGUGCACAAAGGAACUGCUCGUGGUUGGAGUGGGGGGAAUGGGGCAGCUGUUCGCGGUCCUGUGGAGUUGGUCAGCAGCAGAGGAUACGAACUUUCCAGAGACCUGGAGCGAAUGGCUCGUGGUGCGAGGAUAUUGUUGCAGGGAACCUGGAGCAUCGUUUCUGUAACAUCAUGCCCUGCAGAGUGGACGGAGGCUGGACCCACUGGAGUCCAUGGUCCCUCUGUGAUAAGCGCUGUGGUGGCGGCCGCUCCAUACGCACUCGCUCCUGCUCCAGCCCUCCACCCAAGAAUGGUGGGAAGAAAUGUGCCGGAGAGAAGAACCAGGUCAAGCCGUGCAACACCAAACCUUGUGGUGAGAAACGAUGUGCACCAGGCCAAGAGUUUGUGUCAUGUGCCAGCCAGUGUCCACAGCGCUGCUCAGACCUUCAGCAGGGUAUUGAGUGCCAGGGCAACGCCGAAUGUCAGCCUGGCUGUCGAUGUCCUGAAGGUCAGUUGCAGCAGGAUGGGGUGUGUGUGGAGCUGUGGCAGUGUGACUGUCUGGACUCGUUGGGGAAGGUGUGGGCAGCCGGCAGCUGGCAUCAAGUGGACUGCAACAACUGCAGCUGUUCUGAUGGACAGCUCCUCUGCACCAAUCACAGCUGCCGGGCUUCCUGUGUUUGGAGCUCCUGGUCUAGUUGGGCAACAUGCAGCGUUUCCUGUGGGAGGGGCCAAAGAACCAGAUACAGAUCUCUGAUCCCAGAGGAUGAAGGAGCAGACUGCCACUCUGAAGAGGUUCAGCACAAACCGUGUCACCCAGGGCCCUGUCCUCCUCUCUGCCUGCUUGACAGGCGGGAGCUCCGAGUGGGGGACACCUGGCUGCAGGGAGAGUGUCAACAAUGCACGUGCACGCCAGAGGGAGUUUACUGUCAAGACAUUGAUUGCAGAGUGGACGGCGCCUGGACCCCGUGGUCAGUGUGGUCCGACUGCUCUGUGACUUGUGGUCAGGGCACACACGUCCGGACCCGUGCUUGCAUCAACCCUCCUCCAAGAAACAACGGGUCUCUCUGCAGUGGAGCGGAGAGAGAAACCCGGUACUGUCAGACCCCACCAUGUUUGGAUGACCUCUGCCCCUGGUCUCCCUGGUCUCCGUGCUCCCAGAGCUGUGGUGCGGGGUCCAUGUCGCGACACAGGGUGUGUGUGUGUGAGGAGGGAGGGGAUGCCGCAUGCCCACCAGAGGUGGAAGCUGAGAGGAAUAGUGAGGAGACCCAGCUGUGCUACAAACAACCCUGUUCAGACUGCCCCAUGUCUGUGUGGAGCAUCUGGUCUCGGUGCUCCUGUGAGUCUCAGAGGCAGCAGCGUUAUCGUGUUGCUCUCACCUCGGCCACCAGGGGCCAACAGUGCACUCCUGUGGAAACGCAGAUCCGGGCCUGCAGUCUCAGUCAGUGUGAUGCCUGUGAAGCCCCGUUUGUUUACUUGGCAUGUGGCGCUCCAUGUGAAAAACAGUGCGCACUAACUGGCCGUGAUGAUUUGUGUUCGGGUGCCAGGGAGUGCACACCUGGCUGUUAUUGUCCCGAGGGUUUGCUGCAGCAGAAUGGGAGCUGUGUUCCUCCACAGGACUGUGGGUGUGUCUACCUGCAGUACCAGGCUUCAGGACAAACUCCAACACCUGUCACUGUCCCUCAAGGGGCCACAGUUGCUGUGGACUGCACUACUUGCCUUUGUCAUAACGGGACUUUUCACUGUGAUAUGAGAGAGUGUGAAGCUGUCCUUAGCGAGUGGUCCGAGUGGACUCCCUGCUCCCCCUGCAGACCCUCUGAGCAGCUCCUUACAGAAGGGGUCAUCGGUGGUACAAAAAUGGUCUCGGUUCAGAAACGUUUCCGAGCCUGCUUAGACCUAGAUUCUGGUCUACCUGUCGUGACAGAAGAGGAAAGCCAGUGUCUGGGACCACUGGUAGAAGAGAGGGUCUGUCCACAUAUUAACAUCUGCAGAGAUCUGUGCCAGUGGAGUGUGUGGAGUGUUUGGACUGCAUGUGCAGAGCCGUGCAGCGGUGGAGUCAGGCAGCGCUACAGACAGCCCCUGGCCUCUCCUUUAGGACCCCACUGUAGGAGCCAACAAACACAGAGCCAGAGCUGCAACACAGGACUUUGUCCAGGUGAGCGUUGUGAGGACCGAGAGCGGACCUACCAGGACAGCUGUGCUAAUCAGUGUCCUCGCAGCUGCAAUGACUUAUGGGAGCAUGUACAGUGUCUCCAAGGCACCUGUCACUCUGGCUGCCGGUGUCCCGAAGGGGAGUUGCUUCAGGACGGCCACUGUGUUCCAGCGCAAGAGUGUCGCUGUGGUGUCCCAUCAGGCAACAGGACGCUGGAAUUCAAGCCUAAAGAGGAGGUGGUUGUUGAAUGUAACACCUGUGUGUGUGAAAACGGGACUCUGGUUUGCACCAAACUUCCUUGCCCUGUUUAUGGAUCUUGGAGUCUGUGGAGCACAUGCAUGGUUUCGUGUGGACGUGGCCAAAGGACAAGGACACGAAGUUGUCAGGACACCGAGGGCGGUCCCUCCUGUACUGACACGGAGCAGAUAGAGAGCUGUGAUCUGCCGCCUUGCCCAGUGGGUUGUUUAUUAAGUGGGUGGUCAGCCUGGAGUGAGUGCAGCACCUCCUGUGGUGGUGGGGUGACCAUGCGGAACAAAACAAUACUUCAAGAGCCAGAACCUGGUGGGGCAGCCUGUGUUGGACCACUUGAACAACAUACAGUCUGUAACACCAACAGCUGCCUGCCUGUGUGUCCGAGCCAGCAGGUGUACAGUAAUUGUGUGGGUUCUUGUCCGUUUACCUGUGAGGACCUGUGGCCACACACUCAGUGUUUACAUGGACCCUGUACGCCUGGGUGCACAUGCCCUCCAGGACAGUUGUUGUAUGGGGGUUCCUGCGUGCAUCGUGCCGACUGUCCCUGUUCAACACUCUCUUUACCCAAUGAGCACCAAAGCUGGAAUGUGAGCACCGAGAGCUUCUCUGAAUCCCUACUGCAACCUGGAACAACUAUUCAGCACCUCUGUAACACAUGUAUCUGCCAAGGUGGAACAUUCAGCUGCACCUCAGAGGUUUGUGAUGUGGACUGUGAGUGGUCCAGCUGGUCAGCAUGGAGUGCGUGCUCAGCCAGCUGUGGUAGUGGACGACAGAGCUCCACCAGAUCUGUUCUGCAGCCCAGGCAGUAUGGAGGAGCCCAGUGCGAAGGUGUCAACAUACGCAUUGCCACAUGCAUUGCUCCUGACUGUGCGUGUCCUGACGGGGAGCACUGGAGGAGGAGGAGUGUGUCAGAGGACGUCCCGCUGUGCGAGAGGAGCUGCCGGGACAUUUACUCCUCUUCUCCUGUCAACUGCAGCCGCUUCGCUGAGGGAUGCGUGUGUCGGGAGGGACUGUACCGCAACCCGGAGGGCGUGUGUGUCAUCCCCGCCCUCUGCCCCUGCCAUGAACAGGGGAUGCUGUGGGAGGCAGCAUCUGAGUGGGAAGAUGGGUGUCGGUCAUGCAGCUGCGUGAACGGGAAAAAGCUCUGCCACAUGAGGUGUCCUCCACUUUACUGUGAUGAGGGGGAAGUGAAGGUGGAGGAACCAGGCAUUUGUUGUCCAGUCUGCAGAAAGCUGUUUCCAGAGGAGCCUGCGCCAGAGUGUCAGCGCUACGUUCAGCUCCGAAACAUCACCAAGGGAAACUGUUGGCUUGAUAACGUGGAGGUCAGCUUCUGCAGAGGACGCUGUCUGUCCAGGACUGAUGUCAUCCUGGAGGAGCCCUACCUCCGGUCAGAAUGUGAGUGCUGCAGUUAUCGUCUGGACCCAGACAAUCCAGUUCGUUUCCUGAGCCUGCAGUGUGAAAGUGGAGAAAUUGAGCCAGUUGUUCUCCCAGUCAUACACAGCUGUGAGUGCACAAGCUGCCAUGGAGGUGACCUGUCCAGACGCUGAGUUGGUGUGUUCAGUGUGUAGCUCUGUGUGUGUGUGUGUGUGUGUGUGUGUGUGUGUGUGCGUGCGCAGAAUGAAAAAAACGUCUGAACCCCACGCUGAGCAGGAGCACCACUCAGAUUCAGCGAUGGAUGAAUGAGACAAACAGAUGGAUGGAUGAGAGGAACGCGAUGCUCUCAAGUCUUUUAUCAUACUGCUGCUGUUGCUGCAGCUCAUCAUAAUAUUCUUUUCUGCCUUUUUCUGCUGUGUAAUUCUUAAAGAUUUGAAUCUAAGCUCGGAGAGGUUAUUUGUUUUAUCUGUUUAAACGAAAUGCUAAUUUACCAGGUUUUCUUUAUGUUGGGUUAUAAAGUUUGAUGUGUUUUUUUAUGAUUUCAGUCCAGUUUCAUUGGACUGAUCAAUAAACAAAUGGAGAAUCAUAUUUUUUAUUGCUUUUUUAUUUUCAUUGAAUUGUCUUUAUUUUCCAGAAUGAUCAUGUUUUGAUAUUUGUUCUUUUUUAUAUAAUUAAAUGUAGUGCAUCAGUUUGUUCUCUUGUAUGAUGGUUUGUUUUGGUGACAGUUUUGAUUUAAAUACUAACAUAUGAACCAAAUAUACUUGUGUUUUAUGUCAUGUAAAUUGGUUGAUUAAACGUAAUUUAUUAUGUGUUUACACAGCAAAUCAUAGUUUAAAAUUAGAAAUAUCCUGGAAUAGUCAUGCCUUUAGCCAAAUGAAGCACAUGCAGUAGACCAUAUUGUUUUUGUGUUUAUCAAAUAUAAUUGUACAUUUCACACCCUGCAUAUACCGGAUUCAGUGAAAUAUUUUAACCAAAUAUGCAGAGCAUGUAGGUGAUAGAAAAACUCCAAAACCUCUGAAGAAAUAACUAUUAAAAUCACAUAUGGACACGCCUA